AACUCCAAACAUGUUACUACAACAAACGCGCUGGUGGGUCUCAUUCUCCAUAAAGUAAAUAAACACCUCUCACAAUAUAAACAAAGACCAUCACCAUGUGCACCUCCUGGUUAACAUCCAUAAAGAAAAAGGUUAUUUUGGCACCUCACGUCUUUCAUCUGCAUUCAUGCUAGUGCUGAUCCACAAUGAUAGCAAACCCUUUUUUUCAUAUAUAGUGGUGUAUUUUAGACAAACCUUUAGCAUGGUGUUGUUAUGGAGCACAUGUGCCAGGCAGAUUAGGACUCAUUCAGGAGAAACUAGGAACUAACUAGGCUUUAUUGAAGAAGCACAGGACACACAGGGCACACAGCUAAAUGGAGGACGUGAUAAUGUGACGGAGAAACUGAGACAAUAUGUCCCAAAAAGUUGAUUCUGUUCAUCUGCACAUAGCAUUUUCAGUGGGAGAAACAUUUUGUCACUCAUUCUUUUGGUGCCUUCGCAGUUUUGACAAAUGUCCAGCUGGGAUAACCACAUUUACUCAGGGCCUUUUUGGUAUGAUGAAGACAUAGACAUCCUGGACAGGGAGGAACGCUGGUUUGAGCGGGGAGUCAAGGAGGUAGUACAGGACCCAGCCGUGCCUCAUUCCAUCUCGCUCCUUCUUGACACAAGUCCCAAACUGGAUAUGGCAGGAAAAGCAAAUACGGAUACGGAGGAAAGAGGAGAGAGGAGACUUGCAAGAGCACAAGUGCUUUUUACCUAACUUCAGCGUCUAGGAAGAGCUGGACUGUACAAAGGAGAAAGGUGGACUCUUCAAACAUUUCCUCCUUUGUUUAAUUUUUUAAAGAUGGUCACAGUUUCUGCUCUUUCCUGUUUACGUGCUUAGAAAAAGGUACGACUUGUUGUGACUUUGCGCCCUCUCGAAACGUCAUGAGCACUGUGACGCUACAAAUCAUAAUAUGUAGCCGUAGGCGUGAUUUAACACGGCUUUCUCAUAUAUGGGCGACGCAGCUGUGUAGUACCUCUAGUCCUGAACACAUUUCUCUUUCAAUGCUAUUUUCUAUCGAGAUCAAGAACAAGUAAUUGGGAAAAUAAUUUUCUGAACUAUUGGAUCCAUCUUAAAAUAUCGUGCCUGAAGAUCAGGAAGAUGAGGUUCUCAUUAGUGGCAUGUCUAUUUUUUUUACAUAUCUGUUGUCUGGCUGUGGGAAACGAUUGUUCUCCGAGGAUGAUAUUCACACAGAAAGAAGCUGCAAUGAAUAUGUUAGAUCUUCCUCGUGAUCCACCUGUGCAGAUUCUUCUAAAAGAGCAGCCGGACACUGUCUUAGCUGUUGGAAAAACAUACCUAAAUACCUACAACAUUAAAAACCCGAACAAGAGUCCUAUACCGAUGGCACCGAUGCGGUUGGAGAAUUGCAACAGUGAUUGCAGCUAUAACAUCACUUUGGCCCACCUUAUGGAAGAUGCUAACCAGUUGUUUGUGUGUGGAACCACUGAUGAAACAGUUUGCUGUAACUCGAAUUUGGCAGAACAGCCAUCUAUAUGCAAGGAGAGUUUAAUAACACCCUCCUUUAACAUAAAGGAGGGUGACCUGUCGGCCCUUGCAGAAUCUGAACAAAGUACAGAUCUCUACCUAACACGCUCUGGAUCUGAUGAAUCUGUUGGCAUUCACAAAUUUGGUAAAGCAAGAGUGCGGCCAAAGAACCACCAUAAAGAGCAGCAUUAUGUAGGAUUGAUGCUCAGCAAACGCGAAGACGAUCCCUCGCAGAACAGAGUUUAUGGCUUCUAUAGGGAGAAAAGCAAAGACACUGGACUGUUCAGUGAAAUGUGGCUCCCCUUUGUGACCCAGGUUUGCAUGACAGAUGUUGGUGGUCCUAAGAACAACUUGCAGUUUACCUGGACAUCCCAGAUGAAUGCCAGGCUCUUCUGUGGAGAUCCUGAGAGAAAACAGCAUUUCUCUGAGCUGGUGGAUGUUUCCACUGUGGAUGCAGAUCGAUGGCAGGAUACUAAGAUCUAUGCACUCUUUAGAAAUGAAUGGGGGAUGAGUGCUGUCUGUGUCUACACGAUUGAAGGUAUCAACAAAAUCUUCGAAAACUCCCCAUUCAAAGGCUACACAAAAGCUGAGAUGGACAGACCAAGGAUGUGCGCUCCUGAUAGCACUAAGCUUCUAGUGGACACCGUGAAGAAGAUUGACAAGACUUCAGAGAUGGAGCAGUUGGUUCAUCCUGUCAGCAACCCUGGCCUUCUUUUCUUUAAUCAUCACAAGUAUACCCACAUCAAAGUUGACAGUAAACCAAACAGCAGAAGUAUUAAUCAGAACGUCAUCUUCCUAUCUUUAAAUAAUGGAGGGAUUCAUAAGGUGCUGCAGAAUGAAAGUCACACCUUUGUAAUUGCUGAGUAUCAACCAUUCAAACAAAAAGCGCAUGUUCUCAGCAUCAUCCUUCAGUCUACCUUUAAAAAGCUGUAUGUGAACAGUGGAAGUCAACUGGUCCAACUUGAUGUAGCAGACUGUUCCCAGUAUGGAGACACCUGCCAGGACUGUAUGUUAUCCAGAGAUCCUUACUGUGGCUGGAAUGGCACCCAGUGCAUACGUGAAACAAAGGGGAGCUGGCAUGAUGCAGCCACUGGGGACAUUUCCAUCUGUAUUGGGCACAAUGCAUCAAAUUAUACAGGUGACCCAGUCCCAGUCCCACGUUACUCAAAGUAUUUCCUUCAAUGCCCAGUGUCAUCCCGUCAUGCUCAGUACAGUUGGCAGCACGAUGAAAACUCUACAUCCUGUAGCUCUGGGAAAGAGCAGUGCCUUUAUCUGAUUGACAGCAUGGACAGUAGGUGCAAGGGAAUUUACAAAUGUAUAUCACAGGAGAUGGGUUACAGUAAAGUCCUGGUACAGUACGAACUACAGGUGGAGAGCAAGGCGAAGAUCCAGCAAUACAAACAACAGUGGCCGAAUAAGGCAGAGGGCCGAAAGACAAGCCCAGUGAUCUGGGUUUGCCUAAUGAUGGUUCUGAUUAAGAGUUUGUCCUUUUAGUUCCUCAGUGAUGUAAGUUAGAGGCUGAAUCUGUGAUAUUCUAAAAUCUUAAAUUGGUUACAAUUACUGUUUUUUCAGUGACAGCUAUUGUUUCUUUACUUACAUUAAUUAACUGCACUUCCAACAUCUGUGUAAACAUCUGUAACAGCUGUGGCUCAGACGGGUAAUGCAAGCCAUUCGCGUUGUUUUGUUUGGUUUUUCUAGUGCAAUAUCAACUCUCUGCAAUAGAUGUAGUUUUUCUAAACAGAUAAUGACCUUAUGAAUUGUAUGAAAAUGUAAAAGUUAUUUUAACUCUUUCUUCACAAAUUGCUGAGAAGCCCUUAUGUGUUUUGAAAAGACUGCCAGUGUUUUAGAGCAUUUUUAUUCAUGCACGUGUUGCAAUAUGAAACUUUCUAUUUCUAAUCUUUAGUGUUAUUGACGUGCUGUGAAAAAAUAUUUGGCCCCUUCCUGAUUUUUUUUUUAAUUUUUUUGUGAAAAAGUAACUGGUUGUGCCAACCUUUGCAGCAAGAACUGAAAUCAAGUAACUGCAAUAAUUGGCAAUCACAUCACUGUAGAGACAUUUUUGACCAUUCUUUUUUGCAUAAUUGUUUUAAAUCAGCCACAUUAUUUUGUGGAGUGGCCUUGAGCCAAUCAGAGAGGAAUUUGCUAGUGUGUUUUUGAUCAUUCUCCUGCUGCAUAACCCAAGUGCACCUGAGCUUCCGGUUACAGAUUUAUGGCCCUACAUUCUCCUUCAGGAUCCUCUGGUAGAGAUCAGAAUUCAUGGUUCUGUUAUGGUUAGUCAUCCAGGUCCCCAGACAAUCACACUUCCCACCCCUAUGUUGUUUCUCAGCUGUGUCUUUAGAUUGUGGCCUUAUGGGUUGCUUUUUGAGAUCUGUUAGCUGCUUCUCUUUGUCAGACAGGCUCUAUUUAAGUGAACCUUUGUCUAAAUUUUGUUUGAUGAUCUGAAACAUUUAAGUGUGACAAAUAUGGAAGUGAAUACUUUUUCACAGCACUGAACGUUACAACGGUUUCCUGUAAUGUGAAAUUUUAUCUGAAUGUAUGUUUCGCACUUUAAAAAUUCCUGUCAUGUCUGCUACCUCAAGCUUUAGAUUUCAGAAGACUGAGGCACUGUGUCAGUAUAAACAUUCACACAUCUUUUGUUAAUAGCAGCUAUUGUUGAAGGCUGUUUCUGCAUCAACACAUUUUUUUUUGUCCCUCAGGUUUCAAAUUGCAAAUAAGUUGCUGCACUGCCAAAUACUUGAUCUGACAGUACAAAGUACAAAUGCCAAAUUAAUUUUAUUAGAUCUUUUAUUCUGUGACGCCUAGCAAAAUACAGGAGAGAAUACAGUGUGUUGUUAAAUUCAUGCUGUGCUGCAAAAUUACCAAAAUACUCACUUUCUGAUUUCUAAUUUGGCCCAACACAGCAAGCUUUUCCACAUUUAGUAAUCGCAGGCCAUAAAUUGAUUAUUUGUAGUUAAUUAUAUUUCAUUUGUUUGUUUUUAUCUUUUUUGUAUUUAUUUUUUUGAUCCGUUGUUCUAUCUUGCUUAUUUUAAACUUGCACUUAGGUUGGCCUUGUUACCUUUAAACAUGCCAACCUUAAUGAAAUUGACCACUGGGUGGGUGGAUGGAUGUGUGGGGCUGUGUGUAGAUGGAGGUUGUGAAUGCAAUACAGGGUUGUGCCGUGCGUGUGUGUGUGUGUGUGUGUGUGUUUUCAUGCAAAUCUUUCAUAAUCUAUUCAGUACCAGUGAAUUUCACUUUUGAACUUUGAGCUUUUGAACUGAUCUGUACGUUUAAAAAGACAUACAUAAGCAAAUCUUAUAUUGUGUAUAUAGUUUUUCCAUCUCCAUAUAAGGAUAAUUCUAUUUUUAUGCUGCAGCUUCCUUCCUUUUUUUAUUUCGAGUUUAGUUCGUCAAAACCUGACUAAAUCACAACUUUAAAAGAGAAUAGCUGCCACCACGAAUCAUUUCCAUGUUUCAGUCUCAGAGGAACUGUGAUAUUUAGCUUCCUUAAAACACACCUGUAUUGAAAAAACACAGACACAGUUUAGAAGUAAUUAACUUUUAUACCACAAGUUGCAUACAAAAGUUGAAUGUAGCUAUUGUAAUGCUACACACCAGUUAUUGAAUGUUCCGCCUGAGUGUUUUCAAUAUCAUCAUCUUGACACUGUGAAACUUAACGUGACAUUCUGACUGAGAAACAGUUACUCAGGAAAAAUGCAGAUGAGAAUACAAUCAUAGGGUAGUGAAGCAUGUUCUGCAGACACUGAAUGGGGAUUCAGGGUCACAGGAGGCUGGAACCUAUCCCAGCUGUAAAACAGUGAGAGACGGGGUGCACCCUGGACAGGUUGUCAGUCUGUUGCAGUAAUGGCGAUCACAAUAAACAAACUGACUGUAAAAUAUUAUCAUUAUAUAAGACAAAAUUAUGACCCAGGUCAUAUAAUAUGGUGUUAAAUAUUGCUUUAACACCAUAUUAUUCUACCUUGUACAACAUGGUGUUGUUCAUUCUGUUCCAUGUUUUAGAUUUCACAAGCUCUAUUUAGCAGCUGGACAUUGAUUGGAGACUGAAGUGCUAAUUUUAAAUUAGGACCAAAAAAGACCAGUUCCCUCUACUUCCUGAUUUCUAGCCAGUGGGUGCUGUGUGAAUGUGUUUAUAGUGGUGUGUGUGUGUUUUCUGACUUGCAAAGUGGCAGCAAUUUUGUACAUAUUCAAAAUAUAUUUUUUUUACAAGCAGUCCUGGUAGCUGUAGUCUUUUUCUUUCAACAGCCUUGCCACGUGCUAGGUUAAUUCAUUUUUUGUUUUUGUGUUACAUUAUUGUUGUUGUUGUUGUUGUUUUUAAAAUAUAUAUAUUGCUUGUUGUUUUAGCUGCACCCACGCUAAUAUUGUUCUGUGUGAAAAAGACAAAUA